AUGGCCAUCUCCGCCCUUGCAUCUGCCUGUGCACCAGAACUGUACAAGCGUGAUGGCGUCCACCCCGCCCACAUUGUCAAGCGUCAACACAUUCCCAACGUUGUCGAAGACACCAGAGGCUGGACCUUUGACCAGUCGGAAGAGUGGAACACACAGAACCCAGCUUGGGGAGCUUGCUUCUCCGGCACCCAACAAUCGCCCAUUGCAUUCAAGACCAGGGACGGACUCGCCCGCAGCAAGCCACCCACCUUCAGCUACCCAGACGCUCUCGUGGGAACGAUGAACAACUGGGACUUUGGCCCACAAUUCGCCAUCCCCACCGCCGACGACAACACCACCGCCGCGCACAUCGUCUUUGAGCAAGAUGGCCAGAAAGAGACGGCUUACUUCCGCAGCUGGCACACGCACGCACCCGCCGAACACUCAGUCGACGGUCGUCGUCCCAAGGGCGAACUCCACUACGUCCACUACGACGCCGAAGGCAACCCUCGUGCCGUCGUCGGAUUCCUCCUCGAUCUCGCCUUGGACGAGGAUGACUACGAGACUCCCACCGGAUCCGCUUUCUACCAACAGUUCGAGAAGAUGGAUCUCCCCACCAUUUUCGAAAACCGCACCAUGUCCGACAUUACUCUCAACUUGAACUUGGCCCUGAAGGAAUCGAACAACUAUAAAAACUUUUGGACUUAUAAGGGUUCUCUCACCACGCCUCCUUGCACCGAGGGUUUGAGAUGGUUCGUUUCCAAGGAUGUUAUCUAUCUCUCUAGUGCACAGAUGGCUGGUCUCUUGGGCGUUAGCACUUUCUCCGCUCGCCCUACGCAUGACCUGUGGAACCACCAGCUUAAUGCUUAGAUGGGAUGAUGGAGGAUCAUAUUGUACAUAUUUGUGUAAGGUCAUUAUGAAUGACUGAAUGAUUGGGAGGUGCUAGAGGAGGAGUGAAGAGGAGUGAAGAGGAGUUUUGUUUUUUUUGAUAUAGAUCGAGGAAAUUUUGUGUUUCUUGUAGAUAUUUAGAAGUCAAAGACGGAUCUAU